UUUUCUGAGGAACUGCAACACCAGUCAAUUGCACGGUCUGGCGCCGAGUCCGCGACACUGCGUGGCCUCGCGUUUCGACCCCGGCGUUCCGCACGAUGGCUUCCCUCAACCAGUGCGUUGCUUCGCUAGCACGGCUGAGCCUUGCCGCGCCGGCCAGGCCGACCGUGUCCUCGACAGUACCCAGAUUCCUCCUGCCGUCGGCGGCGGCGCCUUUGGUCCGGCAUGCGUCUGGCGGCGGCGGCAUGCGCAAGCGGCCCGUAAAGAAGAAGAGGACCUACAAGACCUACCGCUCCUACGACCUGUCGGCGGCACAACAGUACUCGCUCUGUGACGCCAUGAGGUAUCUCCGUGCUUUCGAAGUCGGCCGGCCGCCCAACGUCGUCAAGUACGAGCUCGCCGUCAAGUUGAAAGCACACAAGGGUGGUCCGGUUAUCCGAAACCGCGUCCGCCUGCCGUUCGCCACCAAGCAGGACACGCGCAUUGGUGUCAUCUGCCCCGAGGACAGCCCGCUGGCGGCCGAGGCAAAGGAGCUUGGUGCCGUCGCCGUGGGAGAAGAGAGCCUGUUCGAGAGCAUCCGGCAAGGCAACAUCCCGUUCAACAAGUUGAUCUGCCACGUGGACAGCGUUGAUGCGCUGAAGAAGGCCAACCUAGGCCGGAUUCUCGGCCCGAAAGGGCUGAUGCCCAACCCAAAAACCAGGACCAUCACGAGGGACCUCAAGACUACCAUGAACGAGCUCAUCGGUGCAGAGGAAUACAAGGAACGCGACGGUGUGGUGAGGAUAGCAAUCGGCCAGCUGGGUUUCACGCCGCAGAUGUUGUCUGCCAACGUCAAGACGUUCAUGUCUCUCUUGAAGGAGGACAUCAACAACUCGGACGAGAAUCACCCGAAAGCGCUGGACGAAGUCGUGCUGAGCUCGACUAACGGCCCAGGUUUUAGCUUAAAUGGCGAAUUCCUACCCACCGACGCGGCGAUCAAGCCCGAGGACCUGCAAUCCGUCAUGUAGCAUUCCUGUAUCAUAGAUGUAUGUUGUGUACCAUAAUCUCAUGAA